AUGUCCAUAGAAUUACCACAACAAAGAUCAUCAUUAUUCAAGUCAUCGUCAUCGUCAUCAUCAUCACAUAUUCACACCUUGCAAGCUACAUCCUCUUACAUGACCAAGAAUACACUAUCAUCACAAAAAGAUUGCUUCCCAAUGAUGAGAAAAACUAGAGCGCAAACUAGCAUGAUGAAAAACAGAGAGCGAAGAAUAAUAUUAUUCAUCAUCUUCAACGUGUUGAUUUGUGUCUUUGUGGCCACAACGCUUCUAUUUCAGUUAAUGCUCAAGUUCAAUCCAACGUGCACACUCGGUCGUCCACAAAGUGUCCUGACAAGUGACGUCCCUUCGUGGCUACCGCAUCAUGACGAUCGUGGCCACACAACAACCGUUGUCCAGGCUCUUUCGCUUCAACCACCAUCAGACACUCGAGCACUAUGGGAUGUUCUUGACCCCAAUAAGAAAAGCUGUGGUGUCAACGACAUUUUGGUUGCGAAUGGAACAGCUUGCAUUCCCUCAUUGAGAUCUUCACAAAUUCGGUUGACCAUUUCGUCAAAAGCCAUUCUCUCAUCGCAGGACAAUUCGACAGGAGAGAUUGUAACGGCCACGAUCAAGGAUCCAACUUUCAUUGCUUUCUAUGCAGGUAAUGAAUCGAGAUUAUUGUAUCGAUUUAAUAUGACAGGUGUCAAAGAGAGUUUGGUCUUUCAAUCUUCAUUGAUACAAAAUCGUACCGUUUAUCAAUUACCAAACCAACUACCAUUAGGCGUUUAUUCUUUUUCAUUUGAAGUCAUUGAUUCCUUGUACUUUGUAGUGAAUGGUCUUGUCAUUGAAGAGGCAUUGGCAAGUGUCAUUUCCAUGGAAGAUGUUGCUCAAGAUCCAAAAGGAAAAAUAGGAAACAUGUCCAUUUCUGAGAUUCAUAAGGUCACCAAAGAUUUGAAUUCCAUUCCAAACUCAAAGAAGGAACAAGUCAUUGAUGCCAUUGCAGAGACUUUUCAAAACUUUACAACAACACUGCCAGCCAAUGAAGGUUUACAAAUGGUUGAAAGUUUGAGAAUAGUGACCAAUGAUUCCAAUUAUGUUUCCAAAGAUUCUCGAUACAGAAUUUCAGAAAUUAUCUCACGUUAUUCCAAUACCUUAUUCACCAAUGAUACUUCCAUCGUGUCCUCUCAAACCAUGCCUCAACUUGCUCGAGAUCUUGUUUCAGUCGCUUCCAAUAUUGUCAAGCUUGUGAAGAAUCAACCAAUACAACAAGCAGAGAAUCGUUUCAUGAUCAAACAGAAUGCUCAUAAGGCCAUUCAAAAUACGCUCUCUCUGAUUGCUCUUCAUCAGAAUUCAAAUUCGGAAAUGGUGUUUCAACAACGACGAUUGGAAACUGAAAACUUUUUAAUGAUACUAUCACCUCAUUCGGUUCAAUCUGUAAUUUCCAUUGAUUCCAAUACUUCCCUAAGUUUACCUUCCAAUCCAUUAGUAUUCUAUGAUUCCAUCAAGAUGAACCUCAUGGGAAAUAUUUCAUAUGGUUUGAUCAAGUAUGAAAACGAUGAGGAUCUCUUUCCAACACAAUGGAAAGUAAUCGUUUCAGAACGAACAAAAGAUCAAACAAAGACUACAUCAUCAUCACCACCCCUCCUAGUUCCAACACUCAUCUCUGCAGCCUCUCCCAUUGUACAAUUCAGACCUCUUCUCAAUGGAUAUUAUCAAUCUGUGAAUGGACUCUCUCAAAAUUUCAAUAUAUCCUUUCAUGUCCAAGAAUAUUUAUGGUUGAAUCAAACCAAACUGAAUGAAUUCUUUAAUAAUGAAACCCUCGUGAUGAAUACGAGCAGCACAACAACGACCAGUUUCAUGACCAAACGUUACAAGUGUUACUAUUGGAAUGAAACACUUACUCAAUGGCUUUCCAAUGGAUGUGAGACGUUUCACACGCAAGAUUCUCCCUAUGUGAUUUGUUCGUGUGAUCACACCACUCGAUUUUCUGCCUUUGUCGAGUUUUCUAUUCAUACUCAAGAACAUGGAUUGAAUGAUUGGUGGAGUGGCAUUGCCUUGACCACAUUGAUUAUUGACUCGUUAUUCCUCAUUAUGAUUUCCUUACUUGUCAUUGUACUCAUGGUUUGGCGAAAGAGUUCACUUGUGAAGAGUCGAUAUCUUACACCGUAUUUGGCUUUGAGUGCCUUAUGGAUUGAGAGUUUGAUGAGUGGAGUGAUAUCCAAAUCCUUGUUAUUGAAAUUUGGAACUGAAUUCUUCUCGUCCUCUUCCUCCUCCUCCACUGUGGAUAUCCAAUGGAUGAGUAAUAUCAGUAGUGUAAUUUCCACCUCCUUGUACGCAAGUGCUGUAUGGUGUUACAUGAUCAUGUCGUUACGAUAUUUAAUGCAUCGCUAUUUUUAUGAAUGGAUGAUGAAAGCACUCGAGUAUAACAAGAAGGAUGCCUUAAUCAAGUACUUGUGUAUUCUGAAACGACAGUCUGUAUUGAUCAUCUCGAGCUUGGUAUUUGGAUUUUGUAUUGCUUUGUAUUUUUCCAUUUUUGUCAUUUUGAGAGGUGUUCAAGUGUUGAGUAAUAUUCAAUUCACACAAGCUGCUUCUAUUUCACUAUUUUUGAUCAUGCUAUUCAUGACCUUUUUCAUUGUAGCAAUUUAUGUGGCUGAUGUUUAUUUGGAUUUUACAAACAAACAAAUUCGAGAUGAAUUAGUCGAUAUUUCUGAAGAAAUGAUUUUGGUUGAAAAGGAACAACAACAACAACAACACUUGGUAGACUCUUCUAUAUCUACCUCGUCGACUACCUUGGACAAAACAUGUGAUACCAAAACCUCUAAAAAUCCAUUGGUGAAUUUAUUGACACGUCAGCCACCAACAGUUAAGAAAUUGAUUCAAUUAAUGACAGUGAAUGACAAACUCAUGUUCCGUGCAGAGGUCAUCUUUUUCUUCUUGGGAAUGUCAUGUUUCAUUGUUUCCUAUGGUAUCGGAUUCUCUACCAUUGAUUUGAAAUUUUCAUCCAAUCUUGAUUCACCAUCCAAUGAUUCCAAGUUAACUCUUUUAGAUGCCAUUGGAUUACUUUUUGAAAUUCUCAUGACCAUUUUCUUUAUUGCUGCCUUUGGAGGUUUUGCAUGGAUUUCGUCUGUAGUGAUUCAAUUGCGCAAUGGUCACUCAAGAUUCCAACAAUUAUUGAAACCACAACCCAAUAAUGAAUCCCAUCAGAAACAGCAUGUCUUGACCAGUGAGGAAAUUGACACUCUCUCAGAAAAGUAUGAAAUUUACAAACUCUUGAAAAAUCGAUUUUUACUCAAAAUCUUUCGACAAUAUUGCAAAUUGGAAAUGUCUUUGGAAAAUUACAUUAUUUGGAUGAAAAUUGAGAAUGCAAAAAAGAAUUUGGGAGAUUUGUGGUGUCAUCCUUCAUCACCCUCAGAUACAAGUGUCACUCCAUCAUCACCUGGUACUAUAACGAAUACAUCCUCGAGUCAGGAAAUUCCUCCAUCCAUCAUGACGAACACAACAACCCAUGGACCUCCCAAUACCAUCAUGACUGAAACAACACAUCCAGUCAACACUGACCACACCACUAGUACGACGAAUGAAACCAUUCUCCUCUCAUCCAAUGAUUUAGAACGAUGGAAUCAACUCAUUUCAGAAUUAACACAAUGGUAUCAUCUUCAUAUUCAAGAUCAUGCAGAAAUGGGUGUGAACAUUAGUGGAGGAGCCAGACGUAAAUUUAUGGGAAUUUUACAAUUGUUGGAAACUUCUUUCACACUUGCAUCAGAUUCGAUGCGAAUUGAAAAGAAGACAUUAUUGGCCAUGAAAGAAGACUUGUCCAGUGCUUUGGAAAAUGUCACCAGUGAUAUCAUUUAUAACUUGUUGGACACGUAUGCGAGAUUUAUCGUCUCUGAGGAGUAUAAAUUGGUGAAGGAAAUUGCAACAGAAAAGGAACGACUUUCAUUGUCCAUUUUCAAGUAA